GGGACAUCGAGGAGAAACUGAGGGAACUUCAAUCGAGACUGCCUUGGAUCAGUCGCGAAGGUAAAGUUAUAUUAUCUCUGCCAUUGUUCUACCAACGGUCUGGACGGUAAUAUAACAAAUCUGGAGGCCAUUAUAUUCCCUCAAUUUCCUCCAAUUUUCCAGUGACCUCUUCACUGUCAGUAUCUCAGGAUGUCUCAACAAAAGUCAGCCAUCCUUUCCGUAUACGACAAGACUGGACUGCUUGACCUGGCCAAGGGCCUCGUCAAGCACAACGUCCGGUUGCUCGCCUCUGGUGGUACCGCGAGAUUGAUCCGGGAGGCGGGAUUCCCCGUUGAAGAUGUCUCCGCCAUCACCCAUGCCCCGGAGAUGCUCGGUGGCCGUGUCAAGACUCUUCACCCCGCUGUCCACGGUGGUAUCCUUGCCCGUGAUAUCGAGUCUGACGAGAAGGAUCUGGCCGACCAGAACAUUGCCAAGGUGGACUUCGUGGUCUGCAACCUGUACCCCUUCAAGGAGACCGUCAACAAGGUGAACGUUACCAUUGAGGAAGCUGUUGAGGAGAUCGACAUUGGCGGAGUCACCCUCCUCCGUGCUGCUGCCAAGAACCACUCCCGUGUUACCAUCCUCUCGGACCCCCAGGACUACCCUGAAUUCCUCAAGGAGCUGGAAGCCGGUGAGAUCACCGACGCUAGCCGUAAGUCCUACGCUCUUAAGGCCUUUGAGCACACCGCCGACUACGACACUGCUAUCUCCGGUUUCUUCCGCAAGCAGUAUGCAGGCAACGGCGAGCAGUACAUGGCUCUCCGCUACGGCACGAACCCCCACCAGAAGCCGGCUUCUGCCUUCAUGGCCCAAGGCAAGCUUCCUUUCAAGGCCCUGAACGGAGCCCCUGGCUACGUGAACCUGCUCGAUGCUCUCAACGCUUGGGCUCUCGUUAAGGAACUCAAGCAGGCCCUUGGCCUGCCGGCUGCGGCCAGCUUCAAGCACGUGUCCCCGGCCGGUGCUGCCGUCGGCGUGCCCUUGACCGAGAAGGAGCGUAAGGUCUACAUGGUCGAUGACAUUGCUGGCAUCGAGUCUUCCGGCCUGGCUCAGGCCUACGCUCGUGCCCGUGGUGCCGACCGUAUGUCCAGCUUCGGUGACAUUCUCGCCCUCAGCGACGUCGUUGACGUUCCCACUGCUAAGAUCGUCUCCCGCGAGGUCUCCGACGGUGUCAUCGCCGCCGGCUACACUCCUGAGGCCCUGCAGAUCCUUUCUAAGAAGAAGGGUGGCAAGUACCUUGUCCUUCAGAUGGACGAGAACUAUGUGCCUGCUGCGGAGGAGACCCGUACUCUGUACGGUGUUCAGCUCACCCAGCACCGCAACGACAUUGUGAUCAGCCCCCAGAAGACCUUCAACACCGUCAUCACCCCCAAGGACCUGAAGAGUCUUCCUGAAAGUGCUCUGCGCGACCUUACCGUGGCAACCAUCGCCCUCAAGUACACUCAGUCGAACUCUGUGUGCUACGCUCUGAAUGGCCAGGUUAUCGGCCUUGGUGCUGGUCAGCAGAGCCGUAUCCACUGCACCCGUCUGGCUGGUGACAAGGCAGACAACUGGUGGAUGCGCUUCCACGACCGUGUGCUCAACAUCAAGUGGAAGCAGGGCACCAAGCGCCCCGACAAGAGCAACGCUAUCGACCUCCUCUGCUCCGGACAGACCCCUCGCACCGAGGCUGAGAAGGCCGAGUACGAGCGUGUCUUCGAGGAAGUCCCCGCUCCCUUCACCCAGGAAGAGCGCGACGCUUGGCUCCAGAACUUGGGCGAGGUUGCUGUCUCCUCGGAUGCUUUCUUCCCCUUCAUUGACAACGUCUUCCGUGCUGCCCGCUCCGGUGUCAAGUACAUCGCCGCCCCCAGCGGUAGCCAGAACGAUAGUGCCGUCUUCGAGACUUCGGAGAAGCUUGGCAUUGUGUUCGUCGAGCAGGGCACUCGCUUGUUCCACCACUAAGCGAUGUAUUAUCCUGCUUCAUGUCCAGGGUUUAUGUUAAAGCUAGCUGCAUGAUAACGCUUGUGUCUUCUUCAUGAAUUUUUAUACCUACGUUUUUUACCAGGGGAGAUAAGCCUGUAGUAGCGAUAUUCCAAUCAAAAGUGACUUCAAGUGACUUAACUUGACGGGUGCGGAUCGGAAAGCCUAGACUUCAAGGUGAAACGGAAAGGAUGCCG